CCUCUGGUAAAUAAACAUGGUUUGCAAGGUCAUCAUUUUUUUGGGAGUAGCAGUUUUGGUGCAGGGAGCAGUGGUAGAAUUAGCCCAACCAGUUGAAGAUGCGGUUCCCCAAUACAGUUUCGCUUAUGAUGUCCAGGAUGCCCUGACUGGGGAUUCUAAAUCUCAAUUCGAAACCAGAACUGGAGACGUCGUUAGAGGAAGCUACAGCUUAAUAGAGCCAGACGGUACCAGAAGGAUUGUGGAUUACACCGCGGAUGGAGUAAAUGGUUUCAAUGCAGUCAUCACUCGGGAGCCAGCGCUUGCAGCAAUUUCUGCUCCAGUGGUACCAGUUGGUGUUUCAUAUCCGGCUCCAGUUACCUCAGUUUAUCCAGCUCCAGUUGCACCAGUCCCAGCUCCAGCAGGACCUCCUUCCGUUCCAUCAAGUGGACCGGAUUCCGAUGUUGAGGUCGUGGAAGCUAGGUCUGGAAGAGUUGUUUCUGAUCAAGCUAAAUCCGGAAGAAUUGUUUCUGAUCAAGCUCAGUCUGGAAGAAUUGUUUCUGAUCAAGCUAGGUCUGGAAGAAUUGUUUCUGAUCAAGCUAAGUCCGGAAGAAUUGUUUCUGAUCAAGCGAAGUCUGGAAGAAUUGUUUCUGAUCAGGCUAGGUCAGCUGAAAACCAACAACAAAGGACGAAUUCUGCUCAAAUUUCCGAUCAAGAUCAAGAUUCUGAUAACAGACAAUACGCCCCAGUAAGAGCCCGUGCCAACUUUGUGGCUCCUUCAGCAUCUAGGAUUAAUAACUUCCAAAGACUUGUUGUUGAGCCUGCUUCCGGAACAACAUACUAUUCAGCUUACGCAUCACCAUACGGUUUUGCUGCACCUGGAUUCACUUACUCUACUGUUCUCUAAACUCUGCUCCCCAUCAUUUUUAAAAUACCAUCUUAAAUCAUCUCAUGCGAAGAUCAUUAUAUCAUCAAU